AUGGUCGUCCUGGUCGUCACUCGUCCUGGUCGUCGGUCACCCUGGUCAUCCCGUUUUCGUCCUGGUCGUCGCCCGGGUCGGCGCAUAAAUCCUGGUCCGUUACGCCGUCCAUAUCGUGGUCGUCCUGGUCGUUUUGGUCGUCCUGGUCGUCCCUGGUUGCGGUCGUCGGUCAUCGCUAUAAAUCGCUGGUCGUCGGUUGUCCGUGGUCGUCCCAGUCGUCCUGGUCAUCCCUGGUCGUCUUGGUUGUCCGUGAUCGUUCUGGUCUUCGUCCCGGUCAUCUCUGGUCGUCUCGGUCACCUGGUAAUCCUGGUCGUCCUGGUCAUCCUGGUCGUCAUGGUCGUCCUGGUCGUCUCUGGUGUUCUUAAUCAUUCCAGCCGUCCUGGUCGUCCCGGUCAUCCUGGUGCCCCGGUCGUUCCUGGUCGUCUGGUUGUUCGCGUAAGUAUAACAGCCAAUCGUCGUGGGUACCGCAAUAAAUACCGAUGCUGGUCGUCCGCAAUAAGUCGGUCGUCUUUGUCGUCCUGGUCAUGCUGGUCGUCGGUCAUGCUCUGCCAUCCUGAGUCGACCGGUCACUGGUCAGCGCUGGUCGUCUGGUCGUUUCCUGGGCGCCGCCAAAACGUCCGGGUCGUCUCUUCAGGCCCUGGCCGUCGGUCGUCUGGUCGUCGCGGUCGUCGCGGUCGUUCCGGUCGUCCUGGUCGU